AUGCCAACCGACCACAAGCAGCCGGGUCGCCAGUUCUCGCUGGGCACCUCGGCCCACCGCAAGAGGCAGAUGAGCACCAUGCACGAGCAGGGCAAUGCCUUUGGCCCAGCUUUGACGACCCUCUACUGUGGUAUCUCGGCCGUCUUCUCCGACUCUCACACGGCCGUCGUGGCUCUUGCUAUCCACGAUACCGUCUACCUCAUUGACUUCACCGUCAAGCACAUCAACCUCGACGACCAGACCCAGACGGGGAACGAUGCCAUUGCCGACUACGUGAUCAACACCCUCGAGGGCUAUGAGCACGAAAACUUCUCCAAGUUCAUCGGUGCAGGUCUACCCACCACUCUCAAGUACAUGAGCCCUACCCUUUGCUCGCGCCUCUGGCUCGACCUCGACAUUGUCCCCGUUGUACUCCGUCCCGACGACGAGCACAAGGAGCAGAGUUUCUGGGACAUCAAGCGAGUCGAUGAGCAGGCUGAUUCCAUGGCCCGCAAGUGCAUCAUGAACUUUGGCCCCUCUCUCGUCCCCCUUCUCCAGGUCGGCUUCCGGGGUAUCGUCCAGACUGAUGCGGGCUUCCGCGUCCAGCUCAACACCAUCCAGAACCACAAGGACACGUGCGGGUCGGCGACCUGGGAUGCCACCAUGCACUAUGCCAAGAAGCUUCGCGAGAACAAGAUCAAGGUUGCCUUCUUCAGCAGCACUCCCCAGGGAGGUGGCGUGGCCUUGAUGCGGCACGCCCUCGUUCGGUUUGCGCGUCUCAUUGGCGUUGACCUGACUUGGUAUGUCCCCAAGCCGAGGCCCGGCGUCUUCAGGGUCACCAAGAACAUCCACAACAUCCUCCAAGGUGUCAGCCACCCUGAUCAGCGCAUCUCGGACGAAGAGAAGCAGUCCAUCAUUGACUGGAUCACGGACAAUGCCAACCGCUACUGGCUGUCUGAGGGCGGUCCUCUGCGUCCCCCUGAAGAGGGCGGUGCCGACGUUGUCAUGAUUGAUGACCCGCAAAUGCCCGGCUUGAUUCCUCUCAUCAAGAAGAUUACCCCAGACCGACCCGUUCUCUACCGAUCCCACAUCCAGAUCCGCAGCGACCUGACUUCCAAGGCCGGCUCUCCUCAGGAGGACAUCUGGAAUUUCUUGUGGAGCAACAUCCAGUAUGCCGACAUGUUCAUCAGCCAUCCGAUUCCCAUCUUCGUCCCGCACAACGUACCGCGGGAGAAGGUUGUUUACUUCCCAGCCACCACUGAUUGGCUUGAUGGUCUGAACAAGCCUCUCAACAAAUGGGAUACUGGCUACUACGGCCACAUCUACAACAAUGCCUGCCGCAACCAGCGCAUGACAGAGCUCGAGUGGCCUGCUCGCAAGUACAUCGUUCAGGUCGCCCGCUUCGACCCGUCCAAGGGUAUUCCUACUGUUAUUGACUCUUAUGCCGAGUUCCGUCGUAUCAUGGAGCAGAAGGGCGUCACUGACAUCCCUCAACUCGUUGUCUGCGGCAACGGUUCAGUUGAUGACCCCGAUGCCAGCCUGAUCUACGACCAGACCAUGGCUCAGCUCGAGAAGCACUACCCUCAUCUCAUCAAGGACUGCAGCAUCAUGCGCCUUGAACCCAAUGACCAGCUGAUCAACACAGUUCUUACUAAUGCCCACGUUGUCCUCCAGCUGUCCACCCGCGAGGGCUUCGAGGUCAAGGUCUCGGAGGCCCUUCACGCGGGCCGUCCCGUCAUUGCGACUUUGGCUGGCGGCAUUCCCCUGCAGGUCAAGGACAAGGUCAACGGCUACUUGGUCGAGCCCGGUGACUACAAGGCAGUCGCCGGCCACCUCGUGGACCUCUUCACAGACGAUGAGCUGCACAGAAAGAUGAGCUACGAGGCCGAAAACGGUGUCAGCGACGAGGUUGGCACGGUCGGCAAUGCCUUGGGUUGGUUCUACCUGGCUGCGAAGUGGGCCGAGGUCGGUGUUAAGCCCGGCCUGCGCGGCGGCGAGAAAUGGGUCAACGACAUGGCCAGAGAGGAGGCCGGCAAGCCCUACAGGGAGGGAGAGAACCGUCUGCCGCGUCACUUUACGCAGAAGAAGGACAUCCCAGUUGUUUCUGGCAAGAGCAACGGCGAGAACGGCCAGAACGGUCAGAACGGCCAGUGA